GGUAUCACUGGUACAUUGUCCGCGUUGCGCUGUGAUGACGAAUGUCCGCCGCGAAAGUUAUUCAUAUCGAUUGAUUUCACCACAGAAGUAAUUUGGUUUCGUCGCCGCUAAAGUCUGCUCGCAGACUAGCGACGGAGCCUAUUUCUCGAGUAUAAGUUAUUUUUUUGUUUUGUGUAGUGCUAAUAGUCGUUCAAUAUGGGGUCUUUGUUCAGGAGUGAGGAGAUGACAUUAUGUCAGCUCUUUUUGCAAAGUGAAGCGGCGUAUGCCUGCGUGUCGGAACUUGGAGAGCUGGGCCUCGUCCAGUUCCGUGAUCUAAACCCCGACGUGAACGCGUUCCAACGCAAGUUCGUCAAUGAGGUUCGUCGUUGUGAUGAGAUGGAGCGCAAGCUGCGCUACCUGGAGAAGGAGAUCAGGCGCGACGGGAUCCCCAUGUUGGAGAUUCCUGGAGAGUGCCCAGAGGCGCCACAGCCCAGGGAGAUGAUCGAUCUGGAGGCAACAUUCGAAAAGCUGGAGAAUGAGCUGCGCGAAGUGAACCAGAACGCGGAAGCCCUCAAGAGGAACUACCUCGAGCUUACCGAGCUCAAACACAUUCUGAGGAAGACGCAAGUGUUCUUUGACGAGCACGAGGGUGGGGCGAAUACCACUGAGUCGAUGACGCGGGCGCUUAUAUCCGACGACCCGAACAGGCAUAUGGGCCACGUUCAACUAGGUUUACGGGAUAAGCAAGAAUCCUUGGAAUUCCUGCCUUGUUUCGUGGCCGGUGUUAUCUUGCGCGAGCGCAUACCGGCGUUCGAGCGUAUGUUGUGGCGCGCGUGCAGGGGUAACGUGUUCCUGCGACAGGCUGAGAUCGACACGCCGCUGGAAGAUCCUUCUUCGUCGGACCAAGUGUACAAGUCGGUGUUCAUCAUAUUCUUCCAAGGAGACCAGCUGAAGACCCGCGUGAAGAAGAUAUGCGAAGGGUUCAGGGCGACGCUGUACCCGUGCCCGGAGUCGCCCGCCGAUAGACGCGAGAUGGCCAUGGGUGUGAUGACCAGGAUCGAGGAUCUUAACACGGUCCUAGGCCAAACCCAGGACCACCGUCACCGCGUCCUGGUGGCCGCAGCGAAGAACAUCAAGAACUGGUUCGUGAAGGUGCGCAAGAUCAAGGCGAUCUACCACACGCUAAACCUGUUCAAUCUGGACGUCACGCAGAAGUGUCUCAUCGCUGAGUGCUGGGUGCCAGCGCUGGACCUGGAGACUAUACAGCUGGCGCUUAGGAGGGGAACGGAACGCAGCGGUAGCUCAGUGCCCCCUAUCCUGAACCGCAUGGAGACGCUAGAAGACCCGCCCACAUACAACCGCAACAACAAGUUCACGCAGGCCUUUCAAAACCUAAUCUACGCGUACGGUGUCGCCACCUAUCGCGAGGUUAACCCAGCGCCGUACACGAUCAUAACGUUCCCGUUCCUGUUCGCGGUGAUGUUCGGCGACCUCGGGCACGGCGCCCUCAUGGCCGCCUUCGGGUUCUGGAUGUGCUACAAGGAGAAGCCGCUGCAGGCCAAGAAGAUUGACAGCGAAAUCUGGAACAUAUUCUUCGGCGGUCGGUACAUCAUUCUCCUGAUGGGUCUGUUCUCGAUGUACACCGGGCUGAUCUAUAACGACAUAUUCUCCAAGAGUUUGAACAUCUUCGGUUCGUCCUGGCGUCAGAACUACAACGCCAGCACUCUCACGGAGAACAAAUUGCUGCAACUGAACCCCGACUCGCCCGACUAUCUGCAAUAUCCGUAUCCGUUCGGCAUUGACCCCGUGUGGCAGCUCGCGGAAGCGAACAAGAUCAUCUUCAUGAACGCGUACAAGAUGAAGAUCUCGAUCAUCAUCGGCGUGUUCCACAUGUUGUUCGGCGUCUGUCUCUCGCUCUGGAACCAUCUGUACUUCAAGCGUCGCAUCAGCGUGUACGUGGAGUUCAUCCCCCAGAUUCUGUUCCUGACGCUGCUGUUCUUCUACAUGGUGCUGUUGAUGUUCAUCAAGUGGACCUCGUACGGCCCCACGCCGGGCGCCUUCGGCAGCCAGGACCCUGCUAUCGUGAAGACGAGCGCGUACUGUGCGCCUUCCAUCCUCAUCACCUUCAUCAACAUGAUGCUGUUCAAGACCGACGCCAACACGCGGCCGCAGUGCGACGACACCAUGUACGCGGGACAGUUACAACUGCAAAAGUUCUUCGUGAUCGUGGCGCUGCUGUGCGUGCCGGUGAUGCUGUUCGGAAAACCGUACUUCAUCAUGAAGGAGCAGAAACAACGUGCCCGUCAAGGCCAUCAGCCUGUAGAGGGCGCCGCUGAGAACGGCACCGCGGGCGGAGCGCCCGUGCCCAGCAGUGGACACCACGACGACGACAUCACCGAGGUCUUCAUACACCAGGGCAUCCACACCAUCGAGUACGUGCUGGGCAGUGUGUCGCACACGGCGUCGUACCUGCGUCUGUGGGCGUUGUCGCUUGCGCACGCGCAGCUCGCUGAGGUCGCUUGGAACAUGUUGCUGAGGAAAGGUCUGAUGUCGACUGACUUCCAAGGCGGUAUAUUCCUGUACAUCGUGUUCGCCGGGUGGGCCGCUAUCUCCGUGUCUAUCCUGGUACUGAUGGAGGGGCUCUCCGCGUUCCUGCACACCCUGCGUCUGCACUGGGUGGAGUUCCAGAGCAAGUUCUACGCCGGUGAGGGUUAUCUCUUCCAACCGUUCUCGUUUGAAGUGAUCCUCGACUCGGCCGGCCAGGGAGAGGAGUAAACUAGCGCUGUCUCGCUCACACGCGCUUCCACACGAUAUGUUCGUCUCGCUCUAACUAUAUACAGGCUGAUGUUCUAAAGUUUGAAACUUCGUUAGAAUUUGGUGUUGCCGUUUUAAUAAAGCAGCUUGUUAAGUAGAAAAAUGAAGAUAUAAUUAGGAUAAAUCUUUAAUAUAUCUGUGGAAGUUAAUGUAUUAGUACCCUUAUGUAUCGCAGUUAAAUUGAAAAGCUUAUAAAAUUAAUGUAUUCAAAUUAUAGGAAUAGUGUUAAGUGUAUGUGGUAUUAUAAUACCCAAACACGUUCUUGUCGCACAGUGGCGUUAAUAUAUGUAUAAGCUUAUUAAAUGUAAUCAAUGUCAUCUUUAGAUGUAUAAGACCGCUUACAAGGGUACAAAAUACGCGAUGUGGUAAUUCUUUUUGUAUUUUUCUUAGUGGAAAUUAAUAUUUUUUAUUUAAUCAAAUGGUUUUUUUAUAAUAUGUGCGAGCGGUGAUGCCUUACGAUACCCAGUUUUUUUAGUUGCGUUACAAUGUACUUAAUUUUUAUUUACAGUCAUUCCCCUAAAUGAUUGUGUACAUGGCGUUAUUUCCCAUAGCGAUUUCAACUCAUUCUAGACUUGCCUUUAGUCGUAAGUCCGCAUACUUAAGUCAUUCCAAUUCGAAUAUGGAAUAAAAAAAUGUCACAAAAUGUGAGCACCAUGUAUAUGAACCAACUAGACUGCGAUGUUCCCAUUCCCAGCAUGGUUAUGUAAAUUCCCAUUGUGGAUAUGUGAAAUUCCCAUUAUGUCCCACGCUCUCUGUAAUUUUAAAGCGAUGUUCGUGUCAUUCCAGUAAUACAGUACACGCAUGUAGCAUGUGUGCGUAGACAUAGUCAUGGUGAAUAAAGGUUUCUUCGUAGCAUCAAA